CAACAUAACCUCACUUCAAAUAGCGAAGCUGUUAACCGACUUUUCUUGUUUACAUGUAUAUUCGAACGGUGUGUGAGUGCCAUUCACCUAGCGUCAGCAUUUCGAGUAAAAUGCACAUCUUAUCUUUUACACUCCCAAACCAGACGUGUGUAUUUAUAUUCAAACGUGAGCGCGGCUUCUUGACGAAACCGUCAUACCACUAGAACGGUGUAAAACACUAUAAACACAUAAAAACAACCAUAAAUAUUUAUUUUGGUUGAAUCAGAGAAAAAAAGAAAUUAGUGAGAGAAAAAAGAAUAACAUUACAGAUGCAUAGUUGUUGCCCAUUGGCGUUGACAUUUUUAUUCGCUGGUGCGAGCGAAAUUGAGAUCAAUUUUUAGAAUUUUGUGUUUAUUGUGUUCGACAAAAUCGGAGCAUCUUAUAAUUUGUGUAUAUUUGACACAGAGGAAUCACAUGGAUAUUGGAUUCUGAUUGUUUUCCACAUUGAAAUCCAUUUCCAAUCCAAAGAGAGAUGAACCAUUGACAAGAAGCCCGAAUUCAAUUGUACAAAUCAAAGUCAUACUAAAUAUUUUCGAAGACAUUCUCGGCAAUAAUUUUCUCGGUGACUCAAACACUCAAUCUAGAAUAUGGACUAGAAAAACUGCGUGAAAAACAAAUCGAAGUGAGAGAAGACUGAGAGUGGGAAAGAGGGCAUCUAAACUAGUACAAAUUCAAUGCAAGUUGUAAACAACUUUUUCAUGUUAUUGUUGAUGAAUUGCUUAUCGUGCGUUUAAUAAAAUAACGAAUCAAUAAAUUUCUAACUCGAUGGAAAUAUAAAAAACAAAGAAAGAAAGAGGGAAAAACUAAGAGGAAAGCAAUUGACGGCGACGGCGGCGUCAAGUGGACAGUCAGCUGAAACGUGGAUUUCAAUGUGCAGAGCUUGUAGUUGAACGCAAGCACCGGCAUUGAAUCAACCAACAACGAAUUCAACAAAGUACAAUUUGGUGUUUGAUUUUUUUCCGAACUAAAAAAGAAACAACCCUCAACCCUUUGCAGCGACGAGAGAGAGAGAGAUAGCAAAAAUGCUUGGGAUUUUCGAGUUAUUCAUUUUUCUCUGUGUCUUUGGCUACUUGCUCAACAAAGCGCGAGCUAAAGACAUGGUUGACGUGCUGCAAAAUUAUGUGCAAGAUGCCAUGAGUUUGGUGCGUUUGCAUCGAACUGAUGCCGAUAAUCAUGAUGAACAUGGAACCACCGACUAUGGUGCUCGACGACGUGCCACCGAACGCCAACGUUUCCGACACCAAAUGAAAGAGCAGGAGAAGCAAUCCUACGAUCGUUCACUGUACCAAAUCAAAGAAACACCACUGCAACCGGUGACCAUACCAUCGAAACCGCUCACUGGACUUUCGUGCCAAUUUUGUGCACCAUCAAACAAUGAACGACAAUUGGAUCCGGAAUUGGUCAAACAGGAUGUUAUUGAUAUUUUGCGUGUGGGUACAUACAAUCAACCGAAGGAAAUCGAAUCAAACUCCAUUUUCAAUUGGAUCACAUGGUUCCCGUUUUUGUCGCAUUGUUUGAACACCCGUCGUUUUCCGCUGCCACAAGUGGCCGAUUCAGUGAUGAAAGAUGAACGCUUAAAAAAUGCCAUCAAAAUCUCCGUAGAAAAGACGGUGGAGGAAUUGAAAGCAACUGCCAGUGAUGAAAUCGAUGAAGAUGAACUGUACGAACAGACAUUAAAAGAAAAUACGAAACGUGCCCAAAGUCUUUUGCUCGAUAUGCGCUCGAAAAUCUCGGAUCGUUUAUUGCGUUUUGCAUCGUUAGUCCUAUUCAAAUUACUGCCAUCGUUUAUGUCAGGCGUCGUUGCACAUCCCGCACACAUUGACAUGCUAAAGAAAACAGCUGCUGCCAAACCAGAUGUUCCGCUUAUCUUUUUACCAUUGCAUCGUAGCCACUUGGACUAUAUUUUGGUCAGUUUCAUUUUGCUCAACAAUGAAAUUCGCGCACCCAUCGUUGCUGCCGGUGACAAUUUGCGGAUACCAUUCUUUGGUGCUUUAUUGCGAGGGCUUGGUGCUUUCUUCAUCAAACGCAAAAUCGACCCGGUCGCUGGCAAAAAGGACAUUGUUUAUCGUGCCGUUUUGCACACAUACAUGCAACAUGCGCUGGCUGCUAAUCACAAUGUCGAAUUCUUUAUCGAAGGUGGCCGAACACGUACCGGCAAACCGUGCAUGCCAAAGAGUGGCGUCUUAUCAGUAAUCAUCGAUGCAUUGAAUGGUGGAACAAUAAAUGACGCUCUGCUGGUUCCGGUCUCGGUGAACUAUGAACGUCUUUGCGAUGGUAACUUUGUGUACGAGCAAUUGGGCGAGAAGAAGAAACCGGAAAAGUUUACAUCGGCUGUUAAGGCAAUUUGGGACAUUUUAAAUUCAAAAUACGGUCAAAUGCGAAUCGAUUUCAACGAACCAUUUUCAUUGCGCGAAUUGAUGACAGUAUUCGAAAAAUGCUCCGACGCUAGUCCCGAAACGACCGGUCCACCAAAGAUGUUGAAGCAUUCAAACAGUGCGAGACGGUUAAAGCAUCAACCAUCAACAUCGUCACUCUAUGGCACUGAUGUCGUGGACGAAGAGCAUCGCACUUUAGUCGAUAGCAUUGCACGUCAUGUGGUUUACGAUUGUGCCACUGCAACGGCAUGCAUGACAACGAACGCCGUUGCAUUUUUAUUAUUAACCAGAUUUCGUGAUGGUGACACGAUCGAUGUUUUGGCUGAUGCACUUGAUGACCUUAGAAAAACAUUGCAAGGUGUUAGAGCAAUCAGUUUUACCGGUGACUCACGCGAUGUUAUCGAAUAUGCGGCCAAUUUAUUGGGUUCAACUUUGAUUUCAAUCGAACAACAAAAUGAUGGAAAGAAAUUCGUUAAACCAGUGGCACAUAUCCGUAGUUUCAUCGAACUAUCGUACUAUUCAAACAGUUUGGCAGCACAUUUCGCACUCGAUGCCGUUGUCAUGUGCACACUACUUAAACUGAAGAAAGAAUCAGAUUCAUCGGAAUUCCACAUUGAAAAGAGUGAGCUGAUGCAACUAUGCAGAAAAUACUGUGAUAUACUUCGAUAUGAGUUCAUAUUUAACAAACCUUGCCAAAAGCUCGACAAUUUACUUCAGGAUUCGUAUGAACGUCUUAAGGAACAAGGACUCAUUUCAAUUCCAUCGGAAAUUGUAAGCGCUGACGAACAAAGAGCUCGACGAUUCUAUGCACAUCUCACCGAUGACAGUAGUGAAGAUGGCUACGAUGCCCGUUCAUUUGACAAAAUCACAGUAGCAUUACCACCGGAAAGCAAGGGAAAACGUGAGGUUUUAUCAUCGGUGCUCGCCCCAUACUCACACACCUACAUGGCCGUUAUUCGAUCACUGGAAAGUCUCCGAGAUUAUGGAUUGAUGGAAAACGAUUUCAUCAAAGUUUGCGUUAAACAGAUUACAAACCAAGUUGAAAGUGGCAAUUGUAAAUACGGCGAAAGUAUCUCGACUGAUACAAUGCGAAAUUGUAUGAAGAUGUUGGAAAAAUCGCAUUACAUCAAAGUUUCAAUCGCUGGCGGUGCUCGUAUCGUUACCCUGAACAAAAAAUACGACACAAUCGACGGUGUGCAGGAAAUCACACAAGGAAUCGAGUCGAUAGUUACCUAUUGAAAAAGGAAAAAAAGACAAGUCUCUUUAAAACAACACACAAACAAAACAACUCCCCCCCCCUUUUUUGUAGAUUAUUUAAGACACACACUAUAAGCAUUUGCGGAGAAUCUGCUGGGAUAAUUUAGAAUUGAAUUGUAAUGACACACGAAUUUAAUUUGCUACCAAGAAUACAAAAUACUACAUUCAAAAUGUAGUAUUUGCACUGCACAUUUUCUGCAGUUGAAAAAACGAAUCGAAUAUUUCACAAAAACACUGAAAUGGAAUAUUUUGAACAAAAAUUGAAAAAAAAAUGAAAAAAAAAGAAAAAAUUGUUUGUAAUAAGAAACCACUGAAAUUGACUUUGGCUAUUUUAGUUUCUGAUGAAAAAAAAAAUGAAUGAAUGAAUGAAAUAAUUUUUUAUCAAACGCCAAAGAAUUCUUUUUUAAAUGAUUUUUUUUUUAGAAAAAAUUGAUAAUAAUUUAAAUUUUAUAACAAUUUCGAAACUAUUUAAUAUAUAUUCGAAUUCGGGAUUUGAACCGAACAAAACCAUUUUUUUCUAAUUUUAACUUUAGUUUUGAAGUGUACUGAAACAAAACAAAAUAAAUUGGAGAUUUAAUUUAAGAAAA